AUGAAGUUGUUUGGAAAGCCAAAGCCCAACCCUGCUCAGACGCAGGAGACAAUCGCCAAGCUGAGGACCACUAUAGAGAUGUUGGAGAAGAGAAAGAAGUUCCUUCAACAAAAGGCCGACAGCAAGGAGGUCGAAGCCAAACAGUUUGUAGCAAAGAAAAAGAAGAGAGAGGCACUAUUGUGUUUGAAGCAAAGGAAUAUAUAUCAGAAUGAGGUUAAUAAGUUACAGGGCACAUUCGAUACGCUGUCCACACAGAUCUUUGCAUUGGAGAACGCCAAGAUGAACGAGGAGAUCCUCAACUCGAUGAGAAGUGGAGCUCAGCAAUUGAAGGUCCUACAGAAUAAUCUCACCGUCGAGAAGGUUGAGGAUAUCUUUGAUGACAUCCAGGAGCAGAUGGACGUGCACGAGGAGAUCUCCCGUGCCAUCAGUCAGCCCAUUGGAACACAGGUCGAGGACGAGGACGAUCUCUUGGCCGAGUUGGCCGAGCUCGAGCAAGAAGAACUCGAUGCCCAACUGCUUAGUGUCAAGGCCCCACCAUCCAGAGAACCAAUCAUCAAAGAAGCACCAAUUACAUUCCCCGCCGCAUCCAAAGUCAAGCCAAGAGCCUCAGAAGAGGAUGAAGAGUACAGAGCCCUUGAGGAGAGUUUGGCAAUGUAG